GCUGGGUGGCGAUGACCUGCUUCUUCCAACAUGCAGCUCCUUGAUCUCCAAUUUCAUCAUGCAUGCUUGUCUGUUCUCGGGCUUCAAGAGGGACGGGCCUUGACCCUCGGCCGGAAGGACGGAGUCCAUUCCAUCAUGCUUUGCGCCACUGGUGAUGGUGACCAAGCUGGUGUUCAAAUUUGGCUCGCCCAGGAUGCCCAGGCAAGUCUCCGUGCAUGGAAUGUCGCCGACGCGCGACUUAUGUGGGCGGCCGUUGCGUUUCCAAACGGCGCUGCUGCGAUUUUCAGCUCCGCUCACGCCCCGACCGAGGCCAGCGACGACACCACCAUAUCCUCCUAUUUCGAUAAGACGCAAACCCUUAUCCACAAGGUUCGUGCCAAUCAUGCCACCUUCGAGGUCAUCAUCUUCGUGGAUGGCAAUGCUCGCCUGGGCAGCGUUCCCUCGCAAUACGUAGGCAAUCGCGAGGUCGCCGUCGCGAACAUGGACGGCUUCGUACUGAGGAGUGUGCUUGAAAUGAACGAAUUGUUCGCGGUCAACACUUUCUACAAUGCUGGCCCGACCUGGCGCCAUGGGAGCUCAGGCAACCAGUACCGAAUCGACUACAGUCUGUCCACUCGUACGGCGCGGCAGGGUGUAUCGGAUUUCAGGGUCCGCCGCGACCUGGAUCUCACGUUCGCAGGUUGGAUCGACCACUAUUUGGUGUCUGCUACCGUGCUCUUGUUUCCGCACCCGGACACGCCCCAGCAACCGAAGAAGCCCAAAUCUCCAAAUAUUUGCAAGUGGUGCAUGGCCGACCCUUGUUGAGUGCAGUGUUUCCACGAGCUCAUGUGGCAUUUCGAGCCUUGCCCCAAUGCUUCGAUUGCAGAGCACUGCAAGGAGCUAAACGAGUACAUCCUGACUUGUGCGUUGUUCGCAUUCGGCUCCACCCCAGAUUCCCCGAGGCAGCCGUGGAUCAGGGCCGAAACAUGGAGCAUGUUGCAGUAUGUGGUUCCGUUCUUUGAUCGACCGUGCUCAUAUCAUGCUCGAUUUUCGUAUUGUUCGCCGAGUUGUCGAAGGCGUUCGACAAGAUCUGUCGAGAACUCGUGUUGGGGUGGCCUCAUUGUGUCUCUGCCGACUGCGGGAGCCGAGUCGAACACCUACGUGCCAGGGACAUCCUUGAGCAUGCCGCCAACCACAUUUACGAACACAUCGAGAAACAUGGACAGAUCCUUCGCCAGUGGGCCGUUGACAGUGCCACGAUCGCUUCUUGUCGACUCUCCAUGACGGUUCCUCGUGUUCGAUGGGAGAGCUCGAGUCCGUUGUGCGGCACGGAUUUGGUGGCUGCCAGGGCUGCAAGGUAGGGGCGACGAUCUUCCACGCUGCGUGUGUUUUACCGUCGCUGCUUGUUCGCCGGUGGAUGGAGCGGGCCGGGUUUGCCAUUCGGUUGCGUAUUUCUUCGGGGGCGUGCUUUUCAAACGAAGUUCCGAGGAGGUUCUGGGGUAAGCAGGCGUCACCAGGGCAUUCCCCCCAGACAGUUAUUGAGGCUGCAUUUGUUGACGACGAGUGCAUUGGUGACCAUGGCCCCUACUGCUGCGCGACUGCGCGCUGCCAUGGACACAGUUGUAGCUGCGCUGGCUACUAUAUUUUCGGAUUUCGGGCUCCAUACUAGUUGGAAGCUAGGGAAGACGGAAGGAAUGGUGCACUUUAUGGGGUAUGGGGCGGGGCGCAUGCUUCGCGCUCUCAUCCACCCCGACGGCCGGUACCUCCCCGCCCCUUCUGUGAACAGCCUCCCGGCCCAAACAUUAUUUCUCAUUGAUCGGUAUAAGAAUCUGGGCGGAAUCGUUUAGAUCGAUCGGGGGUUGAGGGCCGACGCGAGGCGCACGGCCCAACAGGCCCCUCGUUCGUUCGGCCCCAUCGCCCACCGAGUCUUUGGGAGCGCCGUCGUAUGCGACUGGCUAAAGUUCUCCCUGUUGUAACCGUUGGUUCGUAGCCGUCUCUUGCAUUAUGUUUACAUUGUGGUGCCGACCAGAGGAUACGUGCGCACUCUCCAAAGCCCCUACAUGCGAGUGCUGAGGAAGAUGUGCGUCGACAGUCGGCACAGGAAACCAGAAUUUUCUGACCUUGAACCCCGACGUCGUUUGCAGCAGUCGUCGAUCGAUUACAUUCUGCGGCGCGCUAGGCUCAGGUACGAUGCCCGGCUUGCAAGAAACAGGCCUGCCGCUCUCUUUGCCCUUCUGGGCGAUAGACCCCAGGCCAAUUCGAUGUCCGUACAGAGACGUGGCCAAGUGAAACACGUGCCGUGGGUCGAUUUUUUCAUCAGCGAUCUCGCCUGGCUUUGGGAACAUACAUGCGCGCCCGCUUUCUGUAACCUUCCUGAUCCAGCUGUUUGCGCCGAGCCUUAGUGCGAGCAAGUGGCUUGUGCCAUAUGGGAUGAUCGCGUAUCGUUGUUUUUUCUUCGAGUAUAUCGCCGAUCCCCUCUGCCAACUGCGGCGCCGCCCCGCCCCAACCUUUUGAGUGCGAGCUGUGCCAUGUCUCAUUUGCAAAUGACUGUGCGCUCGCAUCGCACCAGGCGCCGGCACGUAAGAAGCGCAGGUCAUUUAACGAGUACGUGGGUGGUGCGUCCACUUGCCUGGUGUGCCGGCAUGUGCACUCUAGUCGUCUACACCUCGUCAAGCAUCUUGCCAGGAGCAGGUGCGGACCUCAGCUAACCCGUGGCAGUUUGAGAACGCCGUCACUGACGGAACGGCUGCAAGCAGAAGCCCGUGACCGUGUCCUCCUUGUCCAUGCCCAGUCUAUGGGCCGAAACUGGCUCAAAAAAGACGAUCGCCUACCGAGCUCGCACAUGUUAGCGCAUGUUUGGUUUCACCCGUUAUGCUCCUUCCAUGCCUUGUGGGAGA